CCAGGCCAUAUCUUCGUACACAUGUCGCCGGAGGUGCUAGACGCAUGGGUAGGAGGGUACACACAGGACAUCGCUUUCCGCAAUCGCUGGCGGGAAGAGGGGGCAUCCUCGCAGUCAUGGCACCCCGGGAAACGGUUCUUUAAGGACCAGCGAGGCUUGCUUUAUUUUCGAGACGCCGACUUCAUACCGCGACUGUGCGUCCCUAGAAGCCUGAUAGCCCAAGUGUUGAAAAGAGCACACGAAUCCCCCAUGGAAACCGCACAUGGAGGA